AUGGCAACUCCUAAUCCACAACAACCACCGAAUCCUGAAGUGUCCCGCGAAGCAGACUACGAGCGCUUCAAAAACUACGCGGCAAUAACCUUCCUCGUUGCCUCGCCAGUACUAAUCGCCCUCCCACCCCGCAAAUUCGAUCACCUCACAGUCCUCCUCGCCAGUGCAUUUGCCGUCUCAGCAAAUCACAUUACCCGCGAGCGGACAGGUCGCAGUAUCGUUGAGCGCAUCGAAGCGCGGAUAUCCCGUCCACCCAGCAUCAUGCGGGAAUUGCCCAGCGAGCGCGCGGAGGAAAUCCAGGCCCGACUACGGGCGGCGCGGGAUGCACAGAUUCGGGAGGCGGAGGCUGAGUCCAAGGCAAAGGCCAGCUCUGUCAGUGAUGAGUUGGAGCGGUUGAAGGCGCGGCAGAUGCAAGAGAAGGGGGUUGCGCAGAGGGUGUGGAUGGGUGGGGAGGAGGAGGGGUGGAUGGAGAAGCGGUUGAGGAAGGAGAAGGAAGCAUUGGAGGAAGGGAAGGGAUAUGGAGAUUUGAUUUAUGAGCAUGUUUGGGAGGUUUGGAACUGGGGGAAGAAGGUGGAGGAAGACGAGGACGAGUAA